AUGUCCUCGGCGAGGUUAACGAGCGCCUGGGAGGACAACAAGUCACGUUCAGAGACUGUACUCUAUCCGGGAAAAUAUUCAGUGUCCUCGGCCAACGCCCGCUUUUCCCACUCACGUGGCGGGAUAUCACGGAAUGGCAGUCGUGAUGAUAACAAACUGCACAAAAGUUUGGAAGAGAUUUCCAAAGAUAUUAAAGAACUGGAAGAUUUUAUAUCCGUUACAGAAGAAAUUCUAAGGCGAGAACGCGAGCACGAUGAACGGCUGUAUCGAAGGGAACGGCAGCGCAAAGCUUUCGAAAAAACUAUGCAGCAAAUUAAAAACAAGUGUAGUCCGACAAAAAUUUGUUUUGGGCGAUCUGAAGACUGUCGAGUGAAAUCACCGACGUUCAAAAUAAAUAUCACCCACAAAAGGCGAAUCAAGACGUUCAGUCCAAAAAGUUACAAAUCAAAACUGUAUUUUCGAAAUGGAAAGAUAGGAUGUCUCGACGCGGAAGAAGCUGUAUCCAAUUUGAAGAGUACGCAUGAGUUGGUUAAAAGAAUAAUUAACGAUGAAAACAACAUGCUGGUUAAAUUGGAGCAUCAACAUUACACAACCGACAUCAAGGAGGAAUCGCCCGUUUCGGUGGGAACUCCAUUGGAGAGCUUGCAAUUAUGCGUUACAGAAUCCGCUGGUUCACUGUGUGAUGAGCCGUACAAGGGUCUGAAUGACGAACCGGAGGACAAUGUAUUACAAUCGAAAAUGGAACACAACAUCAGCAGCGAAAGAAUCAUUGUCGAAGACGGAACCACAAGCCCCCCACCGAGUGCCAACGAGUUUGUAACCGGUCGGUUACGACAUCUUGCCAGUCGGUUUUCCGAAAGGACUAGACGAAUGCGUAGUAAAUUGGAGAUUCCGCCCACGCCUUCAAGCAGUGUUAGUGCGCCUUCUACGGCACCGUCAACGCAAAGACAUAAUGUUGAAUUGCGUGCUAUUCAAAAUUCGGCACUUACCCUGCAAUCAGCUACCGGAGCAGAAACUUGUCACCACGACUAUUUUUGCCCAAUAUUUUGUACUGGUGCAAAAACGAAUACCGUUUUGGACCCGCAAGGAAAGUUCUACAUUUCUUGGCUGUUUAUCGUGUCGCUGUCGUUUCUCUACAAUGCAUGGGUUAUUCCAUUACGGUCCUCGUUUCCGUAUCAAACUCCAGAAAAUACGAAAUACUGGAUUGCUUUGGACAUAUGUGCGGAUGUCAUUUACCUAAUUGAUAUUCUCUUCGUGAAGCACAGAAUAAUGUAUCUUUUUGAAGGAUUUUGGGUCAAGGACACAAACCUUACGCGAAAAAACUACAUGAGAAAGCUACAGUUUAAGAUGGAUCUACUCGCUCUCAUGCCGUUGGACUUGCUUUACCUUAAGUUCGGCACCGAACACGUGGUAUUUCGCUCACCGCGCUUACUGAAAAUACAAAGCUUCUGGGAGUUUUUCAAACUGAUCGAUCGUGUGAUAUCAUCACCGCAUAUGAUUCGUGUAGUCAAGACGCUCACCUAUAUGCUGUACAUGAUUCAUUUGACGGCUUGUUCAUACUAUGCAUACAGUGCCUAUCAAGGUCUUGGUUCGAACCGUUGGGUAUUCAACAACAAAGGGCACGCGUAUGUGCGCUGCUUUGCAUUCGCAACUAAAACCGCCACGUCGAUAGGAAAGAAUCCGAAACCCGAAAAGGAAGGCGAGUUACUGUUCAUGACGGCCGCCUGGUUGAUGGGAGUCUUCGUGUUUGCCCUGCUGAUUGGUCAAAUCAGGGACAUUAUAGCGACUGCGACUCGAUCGAAAUCCGAAUACAAACAGCUAGUUGACGAAACGUUGGAGUACAUGAGACAGCUGAGUCUGCCAACAGAUCUUCAACGACGAGUUAAGAUGUGGUUCACCUUCACCUGGGAGCAGCAGCGAAGUUUAGAUGAAACGCAUAUUAUGGAUGCUUUGCCUGCUAACCUAAAGACCGACAUAGCUAUUUCCGUUCAUAUUCAAACCCUGUCCAAAGUCCAACUAUUUGCUGAUUGUGAAGAAGCUCUGCUUCGAGAGCUCGUGCUGAAGUUAAGGUCGGUCACAUUUCUUCCGGGAGAUUACGUAUGUCGCAAAGGUGAAGUAGGCAAGGAGAUGUACAUCGUCAAAACCGGACAAGUUUUAGUUAUGGGAGGCCCUAGAAACGACAUUGUUCUCGCAACUCUAUAUGAAGGUUCAGUCUUUGGAGAAAUCAGCUUACUGGCUAUUAACGGUGCCGAAGGAAAUAGGCGGACUGCCGAUGUACGAUCGAAAGGGUUCUCCAAUUUAUUUGUUCUAUCAAAAUCAGAUCUUAAUGAGGCAAUCGUUUACUAUCCGAACGCUCAAGCAAUCCUUAAAAAACGAGCCAAAAGUUUGAUGCGCAAGAACGCUGCUCGGGAAAAGGCAGAAUCACAGCAGAGUAUUGACACAAACGAUGCCGAUACCGAUGUAGUCAUUAGCAAUCCAAGUCAUAAUAUGUCACCAAAACUGCUGAAAACGGUCAUUCAGGCAUUACCAAGUGAAUCUCCAGCCGUACAACUUCUUACCCAAGGGUUCAAAGGUGAGCAUGUGAAGGUAGAAAUACUAGAUAAACCCCAACAAACGGACGAUACACUAUCAACACGAAGUCUGGAGGUACACACCACCCAAGUGCAGAUUGAAAACGAAAAAAAUGUCGAACUUCCGUGUGACUUGGUCUACAGUAUUAAACAGGAACUGAUGGAUAAUAACAGUUACAUUAACCUUACCGAUACCGAAAAGUAUAAAUUACUGAACGAACUAUCCAAAGAAUUGAACGAACGCGAAAAAUCACCGGUUUAA